GGACUGCUUUUGCAAAGGCUUUCUGGAGCCCUUCUGAAUUGCCCUGUUCUCUAACUCUCCCUAAUGCCGCCUGGCUGUGUACCGGAGAGGAGGCUGUGGACUUGGAGAGAGAGGAUGGAGGGCAGGGUGACAGAAAGAGAUGGGCUGGUAACUGUCGGGACUUUUUGGAUGCUUCUCGACUGACUCCCUGCCUCAGGGAUGCCAGUCUCCGCAGAAACGAAGAGGUACCCGGCGCACUGCUGUUUGGAAGGGGGCAUGUCAAUGUUGGCUUGGCUUUCGGAGACCUCCCUGCCGGGAGCUGAGAGUUGCUAAAACUCAAACGGUGGUGAUUCGGUUUCUUCGCUUAUGUACUCAUCUCUAAUAAAAGUUCUACGUCCUCCGCGCACGAUGAGAAGCAUUAUCGGUGGUGAGCGAGGACCAGUCGCUAUUUGAGUGUGCCUACGGAACACCGCACCUGGCCAAGACGGAGAUGACCGCAUCCUCUUCCAACGACUAUGGGCAGACGUCGAAGAUGAGUCCACGCGUCCCUCAGCAGGACUGGCUGUCUCAACCCCCAGCCAGGGUUACCAUCAAGAUGGAAUGUAACCCCAACCAGGUGAACGGCUCAAGGAACUCCCCUGAUGAAUGCAGCGUGGCGAAAAGCGGCAAGAUGGUGGGCAGCCCAGACACGGUGGGGAUGAAUUACAGCAGCUACAUGGAGGAGAAGCACAUCCCACCCCCCAACAUGACCACGAACGAGCGCAGAGUUAUCGUCCCGGCAGAUCCUACACUGUGGAGCACAGACCAUGUCCGGCAGUGGCUGGAGUGGGCGGUGAAGGAGUACAGCCUCCCAGACGUGGACAUCUUACUGUUCCAGAAUAUCGACGGGAAGGAACUGUGCAAGAUGACCAAAGACGACUUGCAGCGGCUCACCCCGAGCUACAACGCUGACAUCCUUCUCUCCCAUCUGCACUACCUCAGAGAGACUCCUCUUCCACAUUUGACUUCAGAUGAUGUGGAUAAAGCCUUACAAAACUCUCCGCGGUUAAUGCAUGCUAGAAACACAGGGGGUGCAGCUUUUAUUUUCCCCAAUACUUCAGUAUAUCCCGAAGCUACGCAAAGAAUUACAACUAGGCCAGAUUUACCAUAUGAACCACCCAGGAGGUCAGCCUGGACUGGUCAUGGCCACCCUACACCCCAGUCAAAAGCUGCUCAGCCAUCGCCUUCUACAGUGCCCAAAACGGAAGACCAGCGUCCUCAGUUAGAUCCUUACCAGAUUCUUGGACCAACAAGUAGCCGCCUUGCAAAUCCAGGCAGUGGACAGAUCCAACUCUGGCAGUUCCUCCUGGAGCUGCUCUCUGACAGCUCCAACUCCAACUGCAUCACCUGGGAGGGCACCAACGGCGAGUUCAAGAUGACAGACCCCGACGAGGUGGCCCGGCGGUGGGGAGAACGGAAAAGCAAGCCCAACAUGAACUACGAUAAACUCAGCCGCGCCCUCCGUUACUACUACGACAAGAACAUCAUGACCAAAGUCCACGGGAAGCGCUACGCCUACAAGUUCGACUUCCACGGCAUCGCGCAGGCCCUCCAGCCCCACCCUCCUGAGUCCUCGCUGUACAAGUACCCCUCAGACCUCCCGUACAUGGGCUCCUAUCACACCCACCCCCAGAAGAUGAACUUUGUGGCCCCCCACCCCCCAGCUCUACCCGUCACAUCAUCUAGUUUUUUUGCUGCCCCAAACCCCUACUGGAAUUCACCAACUGGAGGUAUCUACCCUAACACUAGGCUCCCAGCCAGCCAUAUGCCUUCUCACCUGGGCACUUACUACUAGAGACCAGUCGGAGGCCUUUCCCAACAGCAUACAUUCGCCAGCCAAUUGCCACAGACUCUGGGAGAACCUGAAUCAAAGUGCCUCGACAGAAAGGAGAAAGGUUGCGUGGGGCUGGGGAAGGCCCCCGGGGGAGAACUCCCUAGGGCUCUUAGAGGGCGGGAAUCAUUAAGGUUUU